AUGAACCCCUCGCGGCCCCCGGAGUUUCCUCGCCCGGGGCCGGGCCGCAAGGGGCGCGCCGUGCGGCCUCCUCGCGGGCGGCCCGGCGGAGGGGUGACCUUCCCGCGGCGCCUCCGCCUGCGGGCGGCGAGCAGCGCGCCGGGCCCGAGGCCCCGAGCCGCCGAGCCCCCGCGCGGGCGCCCGCCUCCCGCCCUCCCGCCGGGCAGCGCGACUCGGCGGCCGCACCGGCGGACACGGGCGUGCAGGUGGGGCCGCGCGGCUCGGCGCGAACUCCGGGGCCGCCGGGGGACGGCGGUGGAAGCGCCCCGCGUCCGGCCGGCCCGGCGCCUCCUCGUCCCCUCGGGCAGCCUGACUCCGGGAGCCGGGCGCGGGGCGAGGACAGUCCCGCCGCCGCCCGCCCCGCCCCAACCGCCGGCGUCCCCGGGGAAGGCGACCGGCCUGGACUCGGAGCCGCGCCCCCCGCCGGCGCCCCCGGCCGGCGCCCGACCGCCCCGCAGCGCACCCCGGCCCGGCCCCCCGCCCCGCCGCGGGCGCCGGCGCGGCCCUCACCAGGACGCGGGCCCGGCGGCGGGAAGGCAGCGGCGGCAGCCCGGGCUCCUCGGCUCCUGCGCGGCGGCGCUGGUGACGGCGGCGGCGGCUCCUCGCGCUUUCCUUUCUCCUUUCUCCAACAACAAACAGGAAGUGCGUCACGCGCCGGCGGCGUGCCGCGUCCACUUCCGCCGGCGGCCGCCGCGCAUGCGCCCUGACCGCCCCGGCCUUCCCGAACGUUCUGGACGGCUGGGCCGCGCGGCGUCCGCGGGGCCUGGCGGCGGCUCCGGGGACACCGGGGCGCCGGGGCCGGGCUCGCGCUGCAGGCCCGUGGUCCGCGGUCCGCGCCGGGUUUUAGGGGGCCGCCACGCGCGUGUCGCGCCGCCCCCGCGCCUCCAGGCUCACCACGCGCACCUCGCUGGAGACCGCGCUGAGCAUGCGCAGCUGGGGCCAGGCUGA